GCCCUGCUGGCAGGUCAGCUGCUCACAAAGGGUGCGAUUCUCCCUUGCAAAGAAAGCGCCCUGUGCCCUUUCGAUUUCGUUCUUCACUUCCCGCAUUCAUUGUUUCAAAGGUUUCGUUUGUCUCACGCUCGGUCUCACACCGCCUGCCCGAUCCGGUCCACGUACACGACAUCAGCCAGCACACAUACAGACGGCAGCCAACCAAAAAUAGCCAGUGUGUAUGUAAGACAGAGAGAUGUCACGUCACCCCGUGUGUGUGAGGGCAUCCAUCCAUCCAGCCAUCGGUCGGUGUCCAUUCAUAUAUAUGUGGGCCGUCAACGGCGCCCCACCUAAUUGUACAUCCCAGCUGCACCAAAGAAAACGACACACACGGCAACAAGCAGCAGCGCAGCCAGCCAGCCAGCCAGUCAGUCGGGGAGGGGAGGGAAGAAGGCCAAGCUUGGUGUGUGUGUGUGUGAUGCAUGGGGAGGGGUCACAAAUCAUAUCCAUCCAUCCAUUCAGAGUAGAAAUACCAUCCAUCCAACCAAUCGGUCGGUCUUGAUUGAGGGGCAGUGGGGCCAUCCAUUGUGUCUGACUGGACGAACAAGUGAGCUAUUGGCGACAGGCAGGCCGGGCAGAGAGGGGGGGGACAAAACCAAAAAGGUGCAGCCAGCCAUUCUCACCUGCUGGAGUGUACGUAAAGAAACGGUAAGCAAGACAAGACGACACAAAAAGAGCAGCCGCUUCAGCGCCUGCUGCUGCAAAACAACAACAACAACAACAACAAAAGCAACAACCAGGACUGCAGCCACUGUCGGCAUGGGGCUAAAGUAGCAAAAACAAAUGAAGCAGAGAGGCAGCCAGUGUCGGCCGCUAAAAAAGAAGAAGAACAACAAGAAAAAGAAGAAGAAAAAGAAAGGAAAAACCAACAGGAGCGGCCAUUGUCAGCCGCUUCAAUUCUUUCAAAGAACCAACCAACGAAAACGAAAUGAAUGCGCCACGCCAUGCCGCCUAUAAGCACACCAUCCGUCCAUCCAUCGACGAAUGUAUGGCCCCCCAGCCCACACACCAAAACCGACCGACCGAUCCAUCCAGCCGCACCAUGACACACAACACACUACACACACACACACACAGAUGGAUGGAUGGAUGGCCUCUAUCUCUUCACUAAACGGCCAUCAAAGAAAUAAAAGGCACUCACUCACCACAGACACAAAAAAGGCGGACAGUCUGUCGGCCGGGUACUCCACUCACUACACGACAGACAUAAAUCACAGACAGACAGACAGACAGACAAAGAGAGGAAGAAAGGCCAUCGACAAAUCAAUCGGUCAGCCAGCGAGCCAAACGUGUUGGCAGCACUGACAACUAACACCACAAAUGAAUGAAUGCGUGCAGACAGACGGACAGACAGACAGCUGUGUGUGUCGACACGCACCACGGCACACAAUGGCCACUCACCAAAGGCGGCAUGCAGCGCCAUCAACGAAUUAAGGCAGCCAGGCAGGCAGAGGGAGGGAGGGCGAGAGUCACACAGAGAGGUAGGUGCUCGUCCGUCGAUCGGGCAGCUCACGAUGCCACGCGAUUCGGUGCGCUUCUCGUGAGCCGCUGGAUGACCGAGAACCGAACCCCCAUGCAGUCUGUCGCCCCAUUCGUCCCUUUGCUGUCCUUCCCUUCUCUUUCCUGCCCGCAGGGCCCUGCCCUGCCGGCCCCUCCGUCCAGUCCACUCGCUGGGUGGCAUGAAUUCAGUCAGCUACUCCUCCACUCACUCCUUCCUGCCUGCCUCGGCGCCCUUCCCUGUGUUGUGUCUGCCUGGCUUUGCGUGUGUGGGUGAGGCCAAAACAAGCAGGCACAGAGAAAGAGAGAGGGUCGUGUCAUGUUAUGGCUACAGUGGGUCCUCCUGGAUGGAUGGAUGGGUGUCGGCGGUCGGUCAUUGGCCCAGCAGGCAGGCAGACAGACAUACAGACAUUUGCACGCCAUACAGACAGACAGACAGACAGACAUGCAGGCAGACAGGCAGACAGACAGACAGACAGAAGGACGAGCCUCCAUUCAUCCCUCCCUCCCUCCCAGCCCCUCUCUGUGUGUCUCCGUGUGUGUGUGGUUGAUGUGGUGCGGCGCUUGGAUCAAGGUCGGUCGGUCAACAGGUGAGUUGGUCAGGGGGGCGGUAGGGUGUGGGGAUGGGGGAAGAAUCAGCCAGCCAGCCAGCCAGCCAACCAGACAGACAGACAGACGAGCACUUUUGCGCCAACAUUUCAUUCCAUUGCAUGCCACUCUCACAGACAGACAGACGGACAGACGGACAGACGGACAGACGGACAGACGGACAGACGGACAGACGGACGUUGGCAGCUUAGCUACCCGUAUGUAUCGCAUCCAUCUGCACACAGCACAACACAACACAACACACGACAGUGCGCGCGUGUGGGCCAGGCGGGGGGGCGGUGGCCUGGGGUAUGGUGGCGUUGGCUCACUCACAUGGUGUGGAGGCGUAUGUGUGUUUAUGGGUGGGGUUAUCAGUCGGAGAAGACCGAAGCGAUGUUGUAGUUGGCCGGCGUCGACCACUUGGCAAUGCAGGCGUCCUGCUUGCCCUGCAGCCACCAGCCACCAACCACACACACACACACACACAGAUGCACACACAGAGGGGCAGUGCAGUGGCGCCAUCCACCAUUCAGUCAUUGCACUGCAGCUGCUGUGCUGUGUGAGGUUUGGCGUUCGUACAAUGGCUAUGUGCGGCCUGUUCAGAGAUCGGAGGAGUCUGGCCAUCUCGUCCCUGCAGGAAGUCAGCUGAGACUUCUGCACCCCCGUCACACGCUUCAACGCCUCCGUCUGCACACACAAGAAAAAAGAGGAAGGCACGUAGACAGCCGCACACACACACAUGUGUCGUGUCCUGCGUGUCGGUUAAUGUGUGGCCCCCCUCCCAUCGCCUCACUCACUGACUGACCCAGCUGGGCUCUCCGUGUCGGGGCUGUCCUUCCCGGAGCAGCCACAUCUUGCGAGUCAUGUACACCGCCGUAGCCUGACAAAGGGAUGGAUGGAUGGAUGGAUGUCGGGUGUGUUGUGUGUUGAACGUAUGGAUGGCGUGUGUGCGGCUCAAGUGAAGUGGGCUGACGGACAUACCGAGAUGAUGUUGGAUUUGUAUUGAGAGAAUGUGUAGUCCGUCAACGCCAACUCCUGCACACACACACACACAGAGAGAGAGAGACCCCAUGGCAGGUACGUAAGAUGCACACACCACAUCCGUCCAUCCAUCCAUCCGUCUGUCUGUAUGUCUGUCUGUGUGCGUGUGCGUGUUUACGCACCUGGAGGAACUGCACGAAUGCGUGGUCCUUAGUGUCCGGAGGGAUGCCGCCCGCCUUGGCGAACCGGUCGCUGAACGCACAGUAGGUUGAGCUCGGCAACUCCAUCCCGGUCGUCCUAAACACCACACAACACACAGAACACACAUACGUUGGUUGAAUGAGAGAGACGGGGAGAAAGGGCUGGCUCUUCCCACGUGUGUGGAUGUGAUGUGUGUGGCCCACUCCACUUACAUGAGGAUGUGCUGUUCGAUCCUGAGGAAGUCGAUGCGCGUGUAGGUGCGGUCCCUCUUGUCCAUGGGCACCUCGUUCAUGAGGGUGACCAGGUCGUUAAUGACCACCGGCAGGCGCUCCUCGUACUUGGACGCUAUCAGCAAACACGUGUAACCCACCUGGUGGGUGGACGGAUGACACAACACAUAAACAACACACAUGUGUAUGUGUGUGAGUGAUUGUGCGUUUUGUGAGUGAGUGCGGUGUGUGUAUGGUCGUACUUACCGCAACGAGGUUGUGGUGGAACAAAUUCUCUCCCUUGGCCCACACUGAUUGACACCAAUGACACACACACACGAGGCAAUUAAUUAAGACAGACGUCUGUGGCUAUGUGCGGUGGCUGUGGUGCGGUGACUGCGGUGACCGUGGUGCCUGGCGUCUGUCGUGUGGUCAGUAUGGCUCACUCAGUCCACUCACGUGUGUGUUCGUAGUAGUCGAGGAGCCGCACGGCGAGCGGCAGGGCCUCCUUGCACACAGACAUGCGGCUGGAGGCGUCGAAGAUGCGAUCCACGGUGUAGCCGCGCAACUCCUUGAAGGUGUCGCCACAGUUGCUCAGAAACCCCACAGACACGGCAUACCGGUCCUGUUAGAGUUGACAGACACCACCCACAUGACAUGACCACACGCAUCUCUCCCUCCUAAACCCGCCCUCUCUUUUUCCUUUCGCUGACUUACGCCUUGUCCGUGUGCGAGGUUGACGGACGGGUACUGGGCCAUCAUGUGGCCGUCCUGCAUCUCCUGGGGGGUCAGGUCAGGCGCCAGGGACUUGAGCCGGGCCGCCCCAUCGCCCAGCGCCAGGUCACGGGCCUUGGCGUUGGACUGCUGCAACUCCUUGAGCGCCUGCUGCGCCUGCGCCUGCAACUGCCGCGGCUCCUUGGACAGCCGACGGUCGGACUCGAUGCCCGCCAGGAGCGCCUCGUCGCUCCCGCGGCCGCCACGCAACUGGUACUGGGACUUGCGCGGCUCCUGAUAGGAUAUGCAUCCAUCGUAUGGCCCUGCUGCGUGCCCGCCAUCCCCUUUCUUUCUCUUGACGCCUGGCUGGCUUCUCUCUCUCAGCGGUAUGUACCUUGUUUUUGGAGUAGGGACCCGUCGGCCCUGUGCCGCCGCGUUUGUUCGAAUCCUGCAGUGCCAACACACACACCCACACACGCAUGUGUCAAUGCCCGCAUGCAUUCACGUCCUGCUGCCCCUUUCAUACCUCCUUACCUUGGGCAUCCUGAGGAGAAUAUCGAUGUGACAAUUAAACGACACUCAACAGGUACGGCAACUCGGCAACUCUCAACCUGGGACCUCUCUCUCGAGCGGUUUCACG